AUGGUUUCUUUAUUUGUGCAACUGCAGAGCUCGAACCCAAAGCGCCUCAGGGGAACCCGUUGGCACAAGAAUGCUGGAGCAAAUGGGGACCAAGACACACAGGAAGAAGAAUCCAGGCCCUCUGCAGCCUCUCCUGCAGCUCCUCCCUCAACCUCAAGGAAGCGCAAGCGUGCAGUUCCGCACAUUGCCGUGGGCACCAAGAAUGAUGACAGUCUUGAAGGGCCACACACACGAAGCAUGACCGGCCACCGCAGGCGGCGCCCUCUCUGUGCAGAGGAAAGCACCAACGAGAACAGCGCUGAAGAUGGCAUGCCUGAGGGAAGUGCUGAACGCUUGUGUGCGCCUGAUUCUGAAGAGCCCGAGGGUGAUGGUACAAGGAAAAGCACUGGUGACCUCUCUGAUGGUGAUGCUCCCACUGAUCACCCAUCAACGCCCACGAAGUACAUGAGGAGAAAUGCCAGUGGUCAUAAAGGACCUGCACAACUUACAACUGCAGCAGAGGCAGGGAAGGGUCGAGUGGUGUUGGAAACGGGGGCCGAUUUCAACUUGUGUGAUGACGAUGCGAAGAUGGAUGUCUAUCUCCUGACGGCAGCAACUGCCCAGCAGUGCAAGGUGGAGUGCCAUGCCACGCCUUGGGGAGCACUACACACCUUCCUCCCAGGACCAAAGAGGACAUCUGGGGAUGCUGCCUUCCACCUGGUCAAGGCAGAUGGCAGUGAUGCUUCCCUUGUGACUCUGGACAAUCACAAGUCUCUCGCUGGACAGGGUGUGAAGCCUGGCAGCAGAAUCGUUGUCCACCUUCUGGCAGCUGACAGGGACCCUGCACAAGAGGAACUAGAGCACAGGGUGGACAAAAACUGUGCAGCUACAAGCAGUGACAUUCCAUCUCCUUCCAGCGGCGAUGGGCAGCAACAGCAUCAACUGCCACUGGCCACGGUGGGGAGGGCGGCUGGCCAGUUGGCUCAAGCAACAGGGAACCGACCUCGGCGUGCCUGGACAAAUGAAGAGGUGGAGGCACUUGCACGUGGCAUUGACAUGUAUGGCGGGAGCAGGUGGAGUGACAUACAGGCCUCCAGCAGUGUACUGGAGGACAGGACUCCCAUGCAGUUGAAGGACAAGUGGCGCAACAUCCAGAAAGUAGUCAAUAAGGAAGUGUAUGCACGCACGCAGCAGUUUCAUGGCGAACUUCUGAACUUGUUGCGUAGACUGUGUCGGUAG